AUGUCCGACCAAACCCCCACCACCUCCCGCUUCACCGCCCAAAACCAAACAACCAACGAGCGCCUCUCCCACACAACCGUCGGCCUCGUCGGCCUGGCCGACUUCCGCAAACGUCGCGCCGAAGUCCUUGAGCAGCAAGAGCGUGAAGCCCGCGAAGCCGCCACCGCCAUCACCCGCGCGAAUAACAACAGCAACGUCCCAACGCCCCCCGACAGAUCCCAAACCGGCACCCCCGCCGCCGCCGUCCCCGUCCCCAGUGAGAGCGAAACCGACCGCCGCCACCACCAACCUCCCCCGAAAAAGAAGAAGAAAACCACCACCAAGCGCGCAGUCAAGGCGUUGGUGUCAUUCGGAGAUGACGAUGAGGAAAACAAUCAAGAGGAGGAUGGGCCACAAACAACAAAACCCAAGUCGAAAAACCCGACCCCCGAGAGCGAGAGUGACACGAAGAAAAUAGUCAACACCUCCGCCCCCGUCAUCCCCAAAGCCCUGACCAAGGCAGCAAGAUUAAAGGAACAAGCUGAAAAGGACGCCCUGAGGAAGGAGUUCCUGAUCUUACAGGCGGCGGUGAAGCAGACGGAAAUUGCGAUCCCGUUUGUCUUCUAUGAUGGCACAAACAUCCCCGGGGGUGUUGUCCGGGUGAAAAAGGGGGAUCACAUUUGGCUUUUCUUGGACAAGAGCAGGAAGGUGGGGGCAGAGCUGGGAGUGGGAGGGGAUAAGAAUGCUAAUGCGAGGAGGGAUUGGGCGAGGGUUGGGGUGGAUGAUUUGAUGUUGGUGAGGAGGGGGGUUAUUAUUCCUCAUCAUUACGACUUCUACUUCUUCAUUAUGAACAAGACUCUCGGCCCAAAAGGGAAGAGAUUGUUUGAGUACAGAGCUGAGGCUCCUCUUCCUGCCGGGGACGGUGCUGCUGCUGCUGCGACAGCAAGUGGUGGCGUUCUGAAGGCUGGUGGGAAUAUCAGAACGCUGGAGGGGGCGGGUGAUGAUCCAGAGUGGACAAAGGUUGUUGAUCGGAGGUGGUACCAGCGCAACAAGCACAUCUACCCGGCGAGUGUGUGGCAGGAGUUUGAUCCUGACGUGGAUUACUCCAAGGAGAUCCAGCGGGACACUGGUGGAAAUGCCUUUUUCUUUUCGGGGACGAAAUGAAGUCCCGAUUGACAGUAUCCGCAAGCAGGUUCCCGGUGACAAUUGGGAUUGGCGGGGAUGGAUGAUGCCAUCACAGCAAACCUCUACCGCCAGGGCCGGGUCGUUUGUUGGUUGAAAGGAUCAGAUCUCUCUCAAUUCCAAUCGACGUGCUGAAUCCCAGCUUCUAUCUUGCUGGGUUUUAAGUCGUGAGCUUUUCUUCUUCCCUCAACCAUUAACCAACCACCACCCCACGCCCGCUAAUCCAAGCACAAUCCACCCCGGCCACAGGACCAACAGCAAGAUAGUGUUCCCCGACCCAAACAGCAAUACAAAAAUCUCAAACUCGAGCCUCUUUCUGAACAGCCUUGACCUCUGCCCGUUCCAGACUUUGGCGUAGACCCACCUGCCCGCUAGCACACCGCUCUCUGCCAAGAUUUUGGAAAGGAGAAAAGAGCGGUAGGCGACGGCCUUGCUUGCCACAAAGGAGGCGGAGGCGAGGAUGGAUAAGGCGAAGAGGGUGUUGAGGCAGAGGUGGUAGGC